GGGUUUGAGUAAAUUCACUUUCACCAUUUAUAAACCUCACUCCUCUCAAGUAUUUCUUCAUCGCCAAAUCUCGAUACACACGAUUAAGGCGGAAAAAUGGUGCAGCGUCUCACAUACAGGAAGCGCCACAGCUAUGCUACCAAAUCCAACCAGCACCGAAUCGUCAAAACUCCCGGAGGGAAGCUAGUGUAUCAGACCACUAAGAAGAGGGCAAGCGGUCCUAAGUGCCCUGUUACUGGAAAGAGAAUUCAAGGGAUUCCUCAUCUGAGACCUGCAGAAUACAAGAGGUCUCGAUUAUCAAGGAACCGGAGGACCGUAAAUCGUCCUUAUGGUGGAGUUUUGUCCGGUGGUGCUGUCAGGGAAAGGAUCAUAAGAGCUUUCUUGGUGGAAGAACAGAAGAUUGUGAAGAAGGUUUUGAAGAUUCAGAAGACAAAAGAAAAGCUUGCUUCUAAAGCCUAAGAAUAAUUCUGCCAACAUUUUAUCAAAAGAAUUUUGCUUCGACAUUUUGAAUCUAAUCACCAUCUGUAUUUUUCAUGGAUUCGUUAAACUACGGCUCUACGCUCGUUUAUACUCUGUUUGAAAUUCAGUCUUUACUGCAUCAAAUUAUUGGCUCUAUUUUUAUUUAUUUUCCCAGUUUUUCCUA